AAAUAACCCAACCGGGUUUAAUCGCAGCCGUCGAUCCGCGAUGGAGAAUUCCGGCGUGCUCAGCUCGUCGACGGCGUGGAACGAUUUCCUCGAGCGCCAUCGAAAGAUGCGGAAAGGGACAGUGUAACUAUGCUGGAUUUCCUUGGCAAUAUGCUAAUAUCGAAGCAGCCUCAUUCCCUUUGGGCUCGAUCUUCAGAGGAGUUGGACAGAGCAGCUACAGUAAAAAUGCACUCGUUUCCUUCAAAAACUCCAUCACUUCCGACCCUUAUGCUAUCUUGAGCACCAAUUGUUCCCAAAAUACAUCAGUUUGUAGUUGGAUUGGUGCGUCGUGCGGCCUCAAACACCAGCGCGUCACUGCCCUCAAUCUCUCUGGCUACGACCUUGCUGGAACUGUUGCUCCACAUCUUGGAAACCUAACGUUUCUCAGAUAUUUGGACAUCAGUUCCAAUAGUUUCACUGGGAUCUUACCCUUUGAGCUCUCUGAACUGCAUCGUCUGAGGGUGAAUAUGGGAAUGAAUUCAUUCACUGGAGAAAUACCAACAUGGUUGGGCAGUUUACCUCAACUGGAAAAACUCUAUUUGUACAACAACAUUUUCUUAGGUUGGCUACCAAGUAAUAUGUGCGAUAAUCUCCCAAAUAUUGAAGUACUUGAUAUUUCGGCCAACCAACUUUCUGGAGAAAUUCCACCAAACAUAUGGAAAUGCAGACACCUUCAGCACCUGGAAUUAUCCGUCAAUCAUUUCAAUGGAAAAAUCCCAAGUGAAAUUGGAAGUUUGAGUAUGCUUAGAGUCUUGUACCUGGGCUUUAACGAUUUCAGAGGAAUAAUCCCUGAAGAAAUAGGGAACCUUCCACAGUUAGAGAUGUUAAGCAUCCCAAGCUCCUCUCUGACCGAAAAUAUUCCAUCUUCAGUGUUCAACAUAUCUUCGUUGAAAUUCAUGGACCUCUCUAACAAAAGUUUGUCUGGAAAUAUCCCAACUUUUCACAAUGUACCUAAGUUGGAGGAAUUAUAUCUGCUUCGUAACAACUUACAAGGCCAAAUUCCGCCAAUUAUAUGGAAAUGCACACAUCUUGAAAAGUUAUCACUAUCCUUCUCAGUGGCAACUUCCCAUUUGAAAUCGGAAAAUUAAGCAUGCUUAGGGAGUUGUAUAUGGGCUUCAACGACUUUUGAGGAAUCAUCCCUGAUGAAAUAGGGAAUCUUUCAUAGUUAGAGGUGUUAAGCAUCCUAGGCUCCUCCAUGACAGGAAAUAUUCCAUCUUCAGUGUUCAACAUAUCUUCAUUGAAAUACAUGUACCUCUCUAACAACAGUUUGUCUGGAAAUAUCCCAAGUGAUAUCUGCAAUAAUCUACCAAAUAUUGAAGUACUUGAUAUUUGGAACAACCAACUUUCUGGAGAAAUUCCACCAAACAUAUGGAAAUACAGACACCUUCAGGACUUGGAAUUAUCUGUAAAUCAUUUCAAUGGAAAAAUCCCAAGUGAAAUUGGAAGUUUGAGUAUGCUUAGAGUCUUGUACCUGGGCUUCAACGAUUUCAGAGGAAUCAUCCCUAACGAAAUAGGGAAUCUUUCACAGUUAGAGGUGUUAAGUAUCCCAGCCUCCUCUCUGAGCGGAAAUAUUCCAUCUUCAGUGCUCAACAUAUCUUCGUUGAAAUUCAUGGACCUAUCUAAUAACAGUCGGUCUGGAAAUAUACCAACUUCUCUCAAUCUGCCUAUGUUAGAGGCAUUAUAUCUUUCUAAUAACAACUUACAAGGUAUGAUACUAAUGUUAGGGGUGAUAACAAACUAUCAGAUUGGCUCCCAUGUGAUAUAUGCCGCUUGCCCAACCUCAAACUACUUUAUCUCAGCAGAAAUCAACUUGAAAGCCAGAUUUCUGCCGAAUAUAUGGAAAUUCACACAUCUUGAGAAGUUGGCACUAUCCUUCAACAAUUUCAGUGGCAACAUCCCAUCUGAAAUCGGAAAAUUGAGCAUGCUUAGGGAGUUGUAUAUGGGCUCCAACAAUUUUCAAGGAGGAAUUCCAGCAGAAAUAGGAAAGCUUACACGACUACAAGUAUUGGAACUUACAAACGCCUUUCUAACUGGAAAUAUCCCGUCUUCCAAUUUCAACAUUUCUUCUUUGACAGAACUGGCACUGAGUGACAACAGCUUAUCUGGUACUCUUCCUUCAAAUAUGGGGAUCUCACUUCCCGAUCUCAAAUCACUUAUUUUGGGUCACAACCGAUUCGAUGGUCCGAUUCCAAGCUCUAUCAACAAUGCUUCUAAACUUAUGGGGUUGGGCAUGGACAGCAACUUCUUCACUGGCUUUAUGCCAGACUUUGGUAAUUUGAAACACCUACAAGUUAUAUUCCUCGGGGGAAAUCAUUUGAGUGGAGCUCAAGAGACAUUUCUCUCUUCGUUAACUAAUUGUCGAGAUUUGAAGUACUUGGAAACAUUAGAUAAUUCACUGAAUGGUAUCCUACCUGCUUCAAUUGGUAAUUUAUCCUCUUCUCUUCAAGAAAUUCGGGUACAAAACAACAACAUCGUUGGUGUCAUUCCUUCUCAAAUUGGAAAUUUAACUAGUUUGUUGUCUAUAAAUCUUGGAGGGAGUCAAUUGCGUGGACCCAUUCCACCAUCAAUUGGGAAUUUGAAGAAACUCCAACGAAUGUAUCUUUAUGGUAAUAAGUUGGGAGGGUCUAUUCCUAACGACAUUUGCCAAAUGAAUAAUUUGGGGGACUUGUACUUAUAUGGGAACGUGUUUGUGGGUUCAAUACCUGAAUGUUUGGGUGAAGUCAAAUCCUUGAGAGGGAUCUACUUAGGCUACAACCAGUUGAAUUCCACCAUCCCUUCCAACUUCUGGAAUCUUACAGACCUCUUGGCUUUGAGCAUGUCCUCAAACUAUUUGAGUGGUCAAAUGUCAUCUCAACUUCGAAAUUUGAAGUCAAUCUACUAUCUAGACUUGUCUUUUAAUCAAUUUUCAGGUGAUAUCCCCAUCUCGAUUGAUGGUUGCCAGUCAUUAGAAUAUCUCUACGUAUCAAAAAAUUUGUUAGAUGGAUCUAUUCCCCAAUCCUUGGGAAAUGUUAGAAAUUUGAUAGCAUUAGAUUUGUCUUACAGUAACCUUUUUGGAUCUAUACCCAAGUCAUUGGAAGACCUUCAAUUUGUUCAGUAUUUCAAUGUUUCUAACAACAAAUUGGUUGGGGAAAUUCCAGACAAGGGCUGUUUUGGUAACUUGAGUGACAAGUCUUUUACCAACAACCUUGCCCUUUGUGCCUUCAGUGAUAUUAUCUGUGACUGUGGUGAUUGUUAUCCUCGUGUUUUUAAAGAAAUUUAAACCGAAGAAAUCACCACUGCCCAGUGAUAUUUCGCCAGUGACUGAAUAUAGAAGAGUUUCUUACAUAGAGCUAGAGCGAGGAACAAGUGGUUUUAGUGAGAGCAACCUUCUUGGAAGAGGAAGUUUUGGUUCGGUAUUUGAAGCAACGCUUUCUGAUGGGUUGAGAGUUGCAGUAAAAAAUUUCAACUUGCAAUUACCAGGAGCUGAAAGGAGCUUUGAUACUUAAACUGAGAUACUUGGGAGCAUUUGACACAGAAACAUAGUUCGAGUUAUUGGAUGUUGCAGUAGCCCAGAGUUUAAAGCUCUGGUUCUCACAUAUAUGCCAAAUGUGAGCUUGGAUAAAUGGUUAUAUUCCAACAUGCAUUGUCUGGAGCUUGGAAUAUCUUCACCAUGGACAUACAUUCCCAGUUGUCCAUCGUGAUGUAAAGCCAAGCAAUGUUUUGCUCGAUCAAGACAUGGUCGCUCAUCUUGGUGAUUUUGGCAUUGGGAAGCUUUUUGGUGACGGAGAAGUUGUUGUCCAGACACAAACAUUGGCAACCAUCGGUUAUGCAGCACCAAGUGAUGCAUAGUGCUAAAACUUUCCAUCUUCAAUUAUAUUAUAGUUUUUUUCUUUUUAAAAUAUCAAUGUUUAAUAUGAUACUAAUGAUGCAUGUUGUCAUGUUGUGCGGUUAGAGUUGGGAAUGGAAGGGAAAGUGUCCACACAUGGAGACGUGUACAGUUUCGGGAUAAUGUUGCUCGAGAUGUUUACAGGGAAGAAGCCGACAGAUGAUAUGUUUGGUGGGGAAAUGAGGUUAAAAGAGUGGGUAAGUGAAGCAUUACAAGAAAAAUCAGUUCCUCUUGCACCCACUUUGCUAUCUAGUGAAGAUCAACUUUUCUGUGCAAAGGAGCAAUGCGUGUUGUCAAUUUUUGAGCUAGCAAUGAAAUGUUUAGCCGUUGCACCGCAUGAAAGAAUCAACAUGAUUGAAGCAGCGACUACUCUCCAGAGGAUCUAUGCAACAACGGUAACAAAAAGUCAUCGUCCACCAUAUGCUUUUUCUGUUAGUAUUCACAAUAAUGGGUUAUGAUGCUUGUAACAUAGUGUGUGCACUCUUACUUUGUCUAUGGAGAAGCUUAGGUUGUAUAGUGAAUCCUUAAUUAUGAAAAUUAUGCAGGUUUGUUAAAUUA